CGCAGUCAUGGUCUGGAAGAACCUGGGCGCUGGCAACUUCUCCAGCUGCCCCAAUGGCUCCCGCCAGUGGAUAUGGGAUGUGUUUGGUGAAUGUGCCCAGGACGCCUGGGACGAGGCCAGCGUGGGCCUGGGCUUGAUCUCCAUUUUCUGCUUUGCUGCAUCCACUUUCCCCCAGUUCAUCAAGGCCUACAAGACGGGCAACAUGGACCAGGCCCUGUCCCUGUGGUUCCUCCUGGGCUGGAUUGGAGGAGACUCCUGCAACCUCAUCGGCUCCUUCCUUGCUGACCAGCUGCCUCUGCAGACCUACACGGCUGUGUAUUACGUCUUGGCAGACCUGCUGAUGCUGACGCUGUACUUCUACUACAAGUUCAAGAAACGUCCCUCUCUGUUGUCUGCCCCCAUCAAUUCCGUGCUCUUGCUUAUCAUGGGGACGGUGUGUACUGCACCAAUACUGCGCAGCGCUGGGCCUGUGGCUGCCCCUGUGGCUGCCCCCAGGGAAGUCUUCCGGGGCCGGAUGCUGCUGUCUGUGGAUCCGGGCAAUAAGCCCUUCACGCAGCAGGAAAUCAUUGGCUUCGUCAUUGGCUCCGUCUCCAGCGUGUUGUACCUGCUUUCCCGGCUGCCUCAGAUCCGCACCAACUUCCUCCGGAAGUCCACCCAGGGGAUCUCCUACUCGCUGUUUGCCUUGGUGAUGCUGGGGAACACGUUGUACGGGCUGAGUGUGCUGCUCAAAAACCCCGAGGUGGGCCAGAGCGAGGGCAGCUACCUGCUGCACCACCUGCCCUGGCUCGUGGGCAGCCUGGGCGUGCUGCUGCUCGACACCAUCAUCUCUGUCCAGUUCCUGGUGUACAGGCACAGCGCCGCCUCAGAGCUCGAGCCCCUCCUCCCCAGCUGACCAGUGUCGAGCCCAGGACGACAGAGACCUCCCGAUGUCGCACCCAGGAAGCGAGAGGUGUGGCAGUGACGGUGCUGCUGCCCCAGAUGAGCCCACAGGAGGCCU